AUGAAAGUAAUAUUAAUAACGCUAUUUCUAAAUUAUGAAUUGUUCGUCUGUAAAAUUGUCCAUAAGAAAAUCUUAAACCACACAUUCCUGGCAAGAAACCUACACAAAUCACUAAAGGAAAUCGACACCCUCCUCCGUGGAGUACAGAAAGAGAUAAGGAAAGAGAGGAAGAUCCUCAAAUCACAAAUCGAUUAUGAAAACGCUCCGAUCCCGGAAGACAGUAAUUUUCUAAGUUAUGACGUCACUGAUAUGUUUUGGGGCGAGACCGGAGUAGAAGGCGUAACACAUGAGGAUGUGACAUCUACUUUUUUGCCAACACUAUCGACACAACCCCGUACUACCGAAGAAGAAUAUGUAGAAGAAGAGAUUGUCGAGACUGAUCUGACGCCACCGACCACAGUGCCGCCCUACACCUUUAACACUAACUACCCUGGAUACCCCUACGAACCUCCCCCUUUCAACCCCGUACUCUAUCCUGAUACUACGGAACCGACCCCCCGAAACGAGACUUUCGAUAUACCAAUAACGCCGCCAAACUUUGGCAAUAUGACAAAAGACGAGGCAGAAGAAGCACCGCCCUACACUAUCAGCUCCGACUACCCUGGAUACCCGGUGCAGACACGAAACGACUCAUUUAAUUUGGUUGUAACACCACCAACCUUUGGCAAAUUGACACGAAGUUUAAUAGACGAUUUCAAUAAAUAUUUUGGGUUCAUCAGCCAAAGUAAUAAGCCACCAGGUCUUUACACAAUUAUACCUAUGACUUCAAGGUAUCCUCCUUUGACAACUACACCGUCAACUUCGAGAACUACAAAACAACUUUCAAAGUAUUUAGUGCGUAAUGACCAAAAACCUAAUUUUGAAUCCGGUGUUCCGGUGUCAGGGAAAAACGUGGAUAAUUUUGUAAACUGGUUCAGCCAAGCGACCGCCACUACGCCUGUUCAGAGGUGGACUACGAAGUCGCUCUGGGCCGGGCUUACUGCCAUGCCACAGUCACUACGUCCUUUGUCCAAAUCGCAAUUGUGGGCCCAACAACAACAAAUGAAGAAUUCUGCUACUCCAGUACACAGAGAAGGUCCUUUGACUCCUCCAGUGUCUCCUCUACCACCUACGGACUACCAAUUAUCUGCUGCUGCAGCAGAAAUGGGAAGAGUUACACCACAGACGCGCGGUUUUGAAGUUUUCGGAACACUAGACCGCAAUCCACUGACCAGCACAUCUGUAAGUUUGGGACCACAAGACCACACGGGGAUCGUAUUUGGAGGUAUUGGAACAAAAACCACGACGCAGGUGCCAUCUGCGAGACACGUUUACUACAAGAUGAUGGAAGAACAAAACGAAGGAUAUUUGGUUAUCUUCCUACAACAAAUAUUAAGGAUUACUUCUCUGAAGGAUGAGAAACUUGUCAAAAAUGUGUUGGAGGAAGUAGAACUACAUGUGGGAACUUGGUUUGAACAUGAGUGGUUCGGCGAUCCCUUGACCAACGUCAUCACUGAUAUUUCCCGGUUCGUCAGCGAAGGAGAGAUUGAUAUAGUGAGAAGCUACUCAUCAAUGAUGUACCACAUGCUGCAAGUCAGGAAGACUGCUGUAUCAGUAGACGUGAACUCCAUCAUAGACUAUGCUGAUCUGCUGUACAAUGAAGACGAGGGAGGUGAACUCUUUGAUGCUGUAACAGAAUAUGAAACAUAUCCUAAAGGUUCAAAGAAUGCAAAAGAGGUGUGUGUAUGUAUACUGGACAGUUUCAUAAGACCAUACAGAAGACUCAGUCGUUCAGAACGCAGACAAACGCUUGUCGACUCUAUCAACUACGCCUUAAAGAUUAGAUUCCCUUUACGGACUAAAAUUCUUGGUGAACUUCUAAAUAUUGAACCACAAACAACCACAAAGAAAACAAAUUCACAAUAUAUCAAAGAAUUACAUAAACGCAACAAAUAUAAAAGAAAAAGAAAGAAUAAGAAGAUAAAAGAACUUGAUGACAUCAUAAAACAUUUCUCUUCUCGACUCGAUAAUAUUGAAUCACUGAAAAGAACGUCAAAGUAUGUUGGAGAUAUAACACCAGUCAUUAACAAUUAUGUGUUAGAAGCAAACAAAAGAAAUGGAUACAAAAUCAAAUAUAAUAAUGAAGAUAAAAAAUCGACUAGAAAUUACAAAAAUCUAAUAUUUGCUUCAUCUUAUGGAAAUCAGAAAGAAAGUGCAGUUGAUCUAGAUAGGAAUACAAACAAAGACGCAGAUUUCAAUGAUUUCGAUGACAGUAAGGAUGAAACAGCAGGAUCAGAUACAUACUUUCUAUCCAAUAGUAAGGAAAUCAAAAAAGUAGUCAAAAAAGCAGAAGAAAAAAGUAAAUUUGAAUUAAAAGAAGCACCGGAUGAAGAUGACGAGGAUGUAUCGACAAAUGAAAUUGAGGCUAUUAAGGAAAAAUUACAAAAUAUGAUUGUCAAAGCACAAGCCGAUGAAGACUACGACAAGAUGGAAACUUUAAAAUCUUAUGCUUAUAUUUUAAAUGAAGAAAAUGACCAACGUACGGCCAGUAGGCACUCAGGUAUUUAA